AUGUCAUUUGGUCGACCCCCUUCAAUCAACGUCGGUUUUCAAGUCACCGCUCCAGAUAGAGGAUCAUUUCCCCUCGACCACUUUGGUGGGUACAAGAUGACUCUUUACAUGAAGUGUCUUCGUGAAAAUGGGAACGACUCUUCACCUUGCCGCACCCUGACCAGAGAUUAUCUCGACUGUCGCAUGCAAAAGGGACUCAUGGAGAAGGACGAAUGGAAGAACCUGGGACUGGCCAACCUCAAAGGAGACAAGACAGCGUCUGAUUCAGCACCAUCAUCUCCUCCCGACUCUACGACCAAUCCUCCGAAUUCGAAAUGA